AUGGUUUUAUUUGGUAGUUGCAUUCUUCACGUCGAACAAGUUCGUCUUCCUAUUGUUGACUCAAGUGCGAAUAAAUGUCAAGAUUUUCGAUCACCAUUUGGUGCUCUGGUUGACUGUGAUAAUAAUCAAACCCAGAUUGACUGUUCUGAUGAACAGCGUCUUUUAUAUUACUUGAUGAAAAACUAUUCGAAUAGUGUCCGGCCAGUGAGAAAUGCUAGUCAACCAGUACCAGUCAAGUUAGGUUUAACAUUGACGCAGAUAUUCGAUAUGAUUGAAAAAAAUCAGAUCUUGAUUACAAAUGUAUGGCUAGAUCAAGAAUGGGUGGAUGAAUUUCUUCAAUGGGACCCGGACGAAUUCAACGGCAUUCACCGUCUGAAUCUUCCAUCAAGACUCAUUUGGUUACCUGACAUCGUUCUUUACAAUAAUGCCGAUGAGUUUUCCAAUAGUAACACGAUGCAAGCGAACGCGAUGAUCCUGCACAAUGGAACUGUUUUCUGGCCGAUUCCGACUCGCUUGAAAAGUACAUGCCAAGUUGACGUCAGUUAUUUUCCAUACGAUGAACAAGAGUGUAAAUUGAAGUUUGGCAGUUGGACUUAUAAUGGUUAUCAAGUGUCGGUUGAGCAACGCGCUGGUGCAAUUGAACUGUCAAGUUAUGUUCCGAAUGGCGAAUGGGAUUUAUUAGAUACAUCGUAUCAAGUGAACAUUAUCCGAUAUCCAUGUUGUCCAGAACCUUUUCCUGACAUCACAUUUUACGUUCGUAUUCGACGCCGAAUUUUAUAUUAUUUAUAUUCAGUUGUUUUUCCAUGUGUUAUGCUGUCAAUAUUAACUCUUCUUGUCUUCUGUUUGCCGCCUGAAUCCGGUGAAAAGAUUGCGCUUGGUAUUACUGUUUUACUCGCUUUUAGUGUCUUCAUGUUAGCAAUUGCCGAAAGUAUGCCUGAAACAAGUGAAUACAUUCCAUUGAUUAGCUUGUAUCUAACUGCAGUUAUGGCAAUGACCAGUGUUUCAGUAAUGAUGACAGUAUUUGUAUUGAAUCUUCAUUAUCGCGGGCCGAAGAAAAAUGAAAUACCAUUUUGGCUUCAGCAAAUGUUGAGUUUAUCAGUAGCAAAUGUUGUUCGAUCGUUUCGACAGAAGAAAAAAACCAAAGUUUCUCAUCAAAAUCACGAAGAACACACGACUACAUGUAGUAAUAUCAACGAGCGACAAAGUACUUCAGAUCGUUCGCCAAUGAACGGGAUCCUCUUAUCGUAUAUGAAUGCCAAUGAACCCAAAACAAAGACUCGCACAGUACCAGGCGUACCAUCAGUACAAAUCGAUUAUAGCGAACGGCCAAAAACUGAAACUAAACGAAUGUAUUCAUUACGUUUACCACAUGAGGAUAAUCGUAGAAAAGGUCGAUCGACAUCUCGUUCAAGUUCGAUUGGUACAAUUCAUGAUGAAAUUCAAGACACACUACAUAAUUUAUUACAAAAACAAAAAGCACUUGAACAUGAUCAGAAAGUAACCAAUGAUUGGCGUACAUUGGCAACAAAGAUUGAUAAAAUUCUCUUCUAUAUUUUUCUUCUUCUCACACUUAUAUCGACCGUAGGUCUGCUCGUUGUCGUGCCAUUGUCGCGUACGAAUAGUCAACAGAAAGCGAAACUAUGGCAGGGAUCGCGGCGACCUUCAUAUAGUACAUAA